CCAACCCACAGUGUGAAGGCACUCAACUCCUUCACGCCUUUAACUCCUUCAGCUCCUCCUCCUCCUCCUCCUCCAUCUUCCUUUCCUCCUCGUUUGCUGGAAGUCAUCUGCUGCUCCCUUAUUUCACCUCCAGUUCCUCUUCUCCAUACAUCUCACCCGCCUUGCACUGUACUUUGCCAUUCUCAAACCCUUCCACACCAAACCUGAUGCACAAAAGCAACACAAAGCUCCACAUUUCCUCUUUCUCCAUCCCAUUCCAGCUCUUCAAGGAAUAGACCCUCGCAGUCCAAAUCCAAACGUCUCCUUCAUUCUCAGCAUUCACAACCUGGUCCCAGACACCAGGUACCGUCCGUUGAAGUAACACCUCCCUCCCACACCAUCCAAGAACUAAUCAAGCAAACAGAGCAGUUAAAAAAGAAAACUCAGCAAGACACAACACAGACCAAUGAAGCGAGCAGGCCAACCUUCUCGAACCAUUCCCUCGAAUCCUUCCGGACGAGUCUCCUUUGAAUGCGAUCGUCGACCCAAUUUCCACGCAGCCGUUCCCAUCAGAAAGCCCAAACCCAUCGCCCUUUCUAUUACCGGUAACAGUCUUCAGGCGGCCAAUAGAGUGAGCUCUUCAGAAACAGCGUCCCUGUCGUCGUCGGCGCCGUCGGCCUUUUGGACUUAUGCACCCUUCAGUGCCUUCUGGGACGACGGCGAUGCUGAUGAUGAGGGCCGUGGCAGAACAGGGGCGACAAGGCCAAGGCGUGACAACGACGGCGGCAGAGGCAACAGCAAAGGCGAUGGCGAUGGUACAAAGGCUCUGAAGGAUGAUGUGAUGAUGGCUGCUGUUGUCCAAGGACAAACAGAGUUGGUGUCCGUGCAGGGUCAAAAGAACAUAUUGACGUCGUCGAUGGGCAUGAAUGGAGCUAGCGGUAGCAGAGUAGGAAUAGUCCCAUGUAUGCGGGCGACGAAAGAGAUGAUGACAGCAACAACAGAUGCAGCAGGAGCAGGAACAGGAGCAGGAGCAGUAGUGGCAGCGGGAGUGGAGCAGCAGCAUACAAGACCUGUCUCUCUCCCCGCAGAGUCCACGACGACAACAAUAGCAACAGCUAAAUCAGGAUCAUCCCAGGGUCAAAGAAGGCAUUCUUCCGAGGACGGACUUGUCCACGGCCACGGUCACGAGCACGGCGUCGGGCAGAACGAGGACGGCACACGAUGCCUACCUCUAUCGAUGUACAUCUCUAACGGUCCACAGCCUCCCUCUGAGAACGUAUACGCGAUCCCGACGAAAUGUCGGAUGGUCUUUCAUAUGCGCGACGAGAUCUCACGUCCGCAUCGUGGCCCCGGUGCCGGUGCCGCAGGAGCGGACAAGACGAGACGAGGAUCUGUACCACAACAGCAGCAGCAACGGCAGUCACGACAGUUUCGACAGACCCCAGAGUUCCCGUUGAAGAAAAGUCAGAGUGCCAAGUGUACGAAGACGGUCUCGUUCAAGGAACUGGACCAGUGGAAGGAUCCCUCAACGGCGAGGACGGCGGUGGAUGAGGAUAUAGAGGGAAAGGUGGGAACGAAGGUGGGGGGAGAGCCGCCGAGCGCUAAGAUUUCGACGAGGGCGACGAUGAUGAGGUCGGGCGGCGAGGCGGGGGGUGUAUCGGUGCCCAUGUUAAUCCGUCCAUCUAUAGAAGGUGAUCUCGGCACAUCUGGCAGAUCCACGUCCAUGCCCGUCUCACGAGUCCCGCCAUCCUCACUCCCCGCACGACCUGCACAGCCCCGGCCGAGUGCACAGACACAUCACCGCAACCUGAGCACUCCCUCGCCCUCUACACCUCCUUCUUCAUCCUCAUCCUCAUCACAGACGCCUGCGACUGCAGGCAUGGUCCCGAGGACGAUGUCGACGGGUGCGGAGAGAUCUUUUAGGACAAAGUCCACGGAUUUGGUUUCGGGCGGCAAAUUCAGUAGGCUUUGGAGGAGUGUUGCGCACAGAGUCAGUUCUCAUGGUCAUCAGCAUGAUGGAGGACAGGCGACGAUAGGAGGACGCGGAGGAGGUGGAGAUGGGGCUGUUGCGUCUGAUCUGGAGCCACUGGUCGCUAUUGUUAGUAAAUAGCUCUUCCUUAUAUGUGUCCUCCCUCCCUUCUCGCUCUAUUUGAGAUAUUCAUCACGGUAGUAAUAUUAAUGGUAGUAGUAAUAGUUAUGACAAUAAUCCACUCAUUGGGAACGUGGACAGUUGCAGGAGGCUCCGCUGUGCAAUGGCAUAGAUGCAUACCCUAACAUCACAUAUCUGUUUUCCAUCGAGGCACGCACGCACGCAUGCAUGUUUGGUCGGAGACAUCUGCUGUCGAUGUAUCAAUAAAUCAACAGACGCUUGGUGCAU